AUGCCUUACCUAAACUCCUCCAUCGAUCCAAACAGCCUUGGUUUCCUCGCUAUUCUCCUCGGAGGUAGCAGAGCACACUGCCUUCAAGUUCAAUCCUGCCCUGAAGAGGUCGAUAGAGACUGGGAUGGUCUAGGCAUUCUUCAAUCCAGAAGCAACAUCGAGAGGCUUAUCGUCAAUGACAAGCUUCGCGCAAGUCUCUGUUCCCUCCUUCAUAUAGUGAACGAAGAAGCCCCAGGAGAUUCCUGGACGGAUCUCGUUGAUAACGAUGUGGAAGAAGACACCUGGGAUGUUAUACGCUUCUCUGGUCGCGCCGCGGAUGGUUCUAAACGUACUAUCAAACUCUGGAGCCUGGAUCACAUCCUUCAGGCGUUAAACGAUCCUGCCCCACAUCUCAUCAAGGUUGCUUCGUUCCGAAAUGUGCCUUGCUGUCCUCGUUUCCAUCCGAGACUGGGAUGGACGGCCCUGGUUCAUCAACCUCGGCGUGUAGCAGGGGAUAUCUUCCUGUUGAAGGACCCAUCGACAACGACAAAGUCUCUUCGGUAUGCAGUCUUGGGAGUCACCUGCGAUUUGCUCCUCACAUCGGUUCUGCUGUUCCAUACCUCCUCUCACCGAUUUCUCGACCCCCCACGUAGUCGACUUCUAGUGAAGUGGCUUGGUCGAUACCCUCUCCUUUAUCCCGACGCUCUAGACGAAGCAAUCAAAUCUAUCUACAAGUCGGAGACGUAUCAUCCUACUCUUCGUAAAAAUUUGGAGAAUGAGAUGCAUCGGUUAAUUUGUCUCGGCGCAGGUGUCUCGCAAAAGUCGGAUUCUGAGGCCGAUGACGAAACCUCUAUCCAGAUAUCGGGAACAUUGUUGGUCACGGGUGAACAUAAUGACAUACAAGGACCCUACAACCGAUUCCUAUUCGAAGCCCCUCCUACUUUCAUCCAAUCGAAUGACAACACUCCCCUUAUUCCCGUUGUCACCAACCCACCGGACCUAGGUUCCGGAGAAUUCGAGUUUACUUCCGAGGAGCUGACGAAUCCCAGUCCCUUCUCUUCGAAUUCACAAUCAUACUUCACGCAUAUUAGGACAAAAGGCGGUACUGAAUGGACAAAUGCCUUCGUCAAAGUGUCAUCGGCGGCUUCCAUAAAAUGGGAGCGCAAGAUGCUGCCUGUAAUAAGCACUCGUAUCUCCCCUGGCAUGCUUCCAAAUCUCUUGGCAUACAAUGCCGAUCUCAAUUCACUCGUUAUGACCAGACUUCCUGGGAAACCCUUGAAUGACUUUCGUCUUGAAUAUGCGAUGAUGAGGAAUUGUGAAGAUUUAACUUUCAAGUCUUCGCGAGAUGCCCUUCGCUGGUUUAUGGAUAUAGAGAUUCGUCGUGCGCAUGAAUAUGGCUUGCUGUACUCAGUCGGCAAGGACUUGGCCGACGCUCUAGAAGGACCAGACUCUCCAAUACACAAGUUCUAUUACGACCGUCUUCACAAUGAUGUCAGAUUCACUAAACAUUACUACCCAACCACCCCCGGGUUCAGCGGAGACAACGCAGUACAGUUUGAUGAUUUCAUCGCUCUUCCUUGGAAAAUCGAUGGCGUGGAGUAUCCCCCACUUCAGGAGUCCUUCAGGAAGGCAGAACGCAUUCUCGAUCCUCAUGGUCAAGUUUUACCAAAACUGUGGGCCUGUUUGGGACUAGGAGAUGGUCACGGAGGAAACGUGAUGAUUUCGCCGAAGAAACAGGAUCCAGCGAUUUAUUUCAUAGAUUACGAAGCUGCUGGACAUCAUAGUCCUUUCUUAGAUCUCGCGAAACCGCUUUACCUCGACGGCUUCUUCCCCGUUAUGUAUCACGAUAUCACUUCCACAUCCUCCGACCCCACUUUUGAACGCGCUCCGGUUUCGUGGAGGAUUGAUGACGGCAAGGUUUGCAUCGACUUGGAUGCACCGCUGAGUGAUCUGGACAAAGUCAUAUGUUUCAUGAAGGACUUCUCCCGGCACCCCGAUUCGUUCUUCUUGAACUGUGCUGUUGGUAUCUUGCUGUAUAACGACCUAAAAGGCUCACUCAAACGGUUCUGUGGGUGGGAUAAUUGGCCUUGCGUCGUGGAGACAUCUAUCAAUGGUGAGCGUCGCUCAUCUUUCUUUUAG